AUGCACUAUUUUGGGGUGAUGGCUGCAUUGUCUGUUUUCAACAUCAUCACUUGUUUGGCAAGAGGCAAGCCCUUGGAAGCCUGGGGCAAAUUAUCAGCUAUGGAGAACUCUGAUAAAUCCUUUGGUGAUCCCGGAGAGGUGGAGGGCGAGACCCAUUUCAACUUUAAAACAUUCCUGGAAAACAUGAAAGCCGAUUUCCUGAGGAGUUUGAAUUUAUCGGGUGUCCCUUCGCAAGAGAGGUCUAGAGAGGAGCCACCACAAUUCAUGAUUGACCUGUACAACAGAUAUGCCAAGGACAAGUCUUCCAUCCCUGCAUCCAAUAUUGUGCGGAGCUUCAGUACUGAAGAUGUUGUUUCUCUGGCUUCCCCGGAAGAAAACCCAUUUCAGAAACACAUCUUACUCUUCAACGUCUCUAUCCCGCGGCACGAAGACGUCACCAGGGCUGAGCUGAGAAUCCACAUAUCCUGUAAUAGGGACAUUGGGCCUCUCUCUAGACUGGAAGGCAACAUGGUCAUUUAUGAUGUUCUGGAUGAAGACCUCUGGGAAAGUCCAGAAGGCACCAACUCAUUCCUUGCCACCCAAGAUAUCCAGGAAUGUGGAUGGGAAAUGUUUGAGGUGUCCAGUGCUGUGAAAAGAUGGGUCAGGGCAGACAAAUCAAAGACUAAAAACAAGCUUGAAGUUGUUGUUGAGAGGAAAACCCUGGGUGACUUCGCUUGUGGGAAGCUGGACAUCAGUGUUAUGCCCGACACUAAAAAUUUGCCCUUGUUAAUAGUGUUCUCCAAUGACCGCAGCAACGGGACCAAGGAGACCAGAGUGGAGCUCCGGGAGAUGAUUGUUCAUGAGCAGGAGAGUGUGCUAAAGAAGUUAGCAAAGAACAGCACUUUGCCCGAAGAGGAAGAGGAGGCAGAGGAGAAAUCCUUAUCCAUCUCUGGACUCCACCAGCCUUCAUCGAGAAGCAAGAGAAGCACUGGUACCAACCACUGCCGGAGAACCUCCCUCCGUGUGAACUUCAAAGACAUUGGCUGGGAUUCCUGGAUCAUUGCGCCCAAAGAUUACGAUGCAUUUGAAUGCAAAGGGGGCUGCUUUUUCCCUCUGACAGACAACGUGACCCCAACGAAACAUGCUAUCGUCCAAACCUUAGUGCACCUCAAAAACCCCAAGAAAGCUGCCAAGGCCUGUUGUGUUCCUACCAAACUGGAUUCGAUUUCCAUCCUCUACACUGAUGAUGCUGGGGUACCCACUUUGAAAUAUAACUACGAGGGGAUGAAAGUAGCAGAAUGCGGGUGCAGGUAG